AUGCUGCGGCUUGCCAGAACUUCUGCCUUGCGCGCCUCGCUGGCGCGCACCGCAACCGCUGCGAGCACCCGAGCGGCAAUGGCGUCUCCAGCCAGACGUCUGUCCGCCCUUCGCGUGCCCGCGACGCGCUUCACGAGACCAUGCAACCAAUACAGAACCUACGUUUCCCUCAACAUGAACAACCAGGAGCCCCAGAAGCCCGCGCUCGAACAGUUCGGGACCAACCUCACGCAGCUCGCCCAGGAGGGCAAGCUGGACCCCGUAAUCGGGAGAGACGAGGAAAUCGCCAGGGCCAUCCAGAUCCUGUCGCGCCGCACCAAGAACAACCCCGUCCUUAUUGGACGCGCAGGUGUCGGUAAGACGUCUUUGAUUGACGGCCUGGCGCAGCGGAUAGUCAGUGGCCAAGUUCCGGACUCCCUGAAAAACAAGAAACUCGUCACGCUGGACCUGGGGUCCCUCGUGGCCGGUGCCAAGUACCGCGGCGAGUUCGAAGAACGCCUUAAAAAUGUGCUCGAGGAGAUCGACAAGUCCAACGGCGAGGUUAUAGUAUUCAUCGACGAGGUCCACAUGCUGCUCGGCCUGGGUAAGACCGACGGCAGCAUGGACGCCUCCAACAUCCUGAAACCCCGUCUCGCCAAGGGCCUGAGGUGCAUUUCUGCCACCACGAUCGAUGAGUUCAAAAUCAUUGAGAAGGACCCUGCCCUAUCCCGUAGGUUCCAGCCCAUUAUGCUCAACGAACCUAACGUGGCCGACACCAUUUCCAUUCUGAGAGGUCUGAAAGAGCGGUACGAGGUCCACCAUGGUGUAAGGAUUACUGACUCCGCCCUAGUUUCGGCCGCAACCCUAUCCAACCGCUACAUCAACGACCGUUUCCUUCCCGACAAGGCUAUCGACCUUGUAGAUGAGGCGUGCGCAGUGCUGCGUCUGCAGCACGAAUCAAAGCCCGACGCCAUCCAGAGUUUGGACAGGGCGAUUAUGAGAAUUCAAAUCGAGCUCGAGUCGCUGAAGAAAGAAACAGACCCUGUUUCCCUUGAGAGACGGACCGCUUUGGAGGACGAGCUCGAGCUUAAGCGCAAGGAGCACGCUCGUCUCACCGAAAUCUGGGAAAAGGAAAAGGCUGAAAUCGAGUCCAUAAAGACCGCUAAGGCUGACCUGGAACAGGCUAGAAUUGACUUAGAAAUCACACAAAGAGAAGGUAACUUUGCGAAGGCUUCCGAGCUGCGCUACGCCAAGAUCCCCGAACUUGAACGGAGGGUUGCUCGGAACGCACAAAAGGACGCCAAAGAGAACCUUCUACACGACUCUGUUUCCUCCGACGACAUCUCAAAUGUCAUAGCCAAGAUGACGGGUAUUCCCAUGGAGACUGUGCUGAAGGGCGACAAGGACCGUCUGCUGUACAUGGAAGACUCGUUACGGAAGAGAGUCGUGGGCCAGGACGAAGCCAUUGAUGCCGUCUCUGACGCUGUGAGGCUUCAACGGGCGGGACUGACGAGCGAGAAAAGGCCAAUCGCAAGCUUCAUGUUUUUGGGCCCUACCGGUACUGGUAAAACAGAGCUCACCAAGGCACUAGCCGAGUUCCUAUUUGAUAACGAGUCCAACGUCAUCAGAUUUGAUAUGUCCGAAUUCCAAGAGAAGCACACCGUAUCACGUCUGAUAGGUGCCCCUCCAGGCUAUGUCAUGAGUGAAUCAGGUGGUCAGCUAACCGAGGCCGUAAGGAGAAAGCCUUACGCGGUUGUGUUGUUUGACGAAUUCGAAAAGGCUCACCCUGAUGUCUGCAAAGUCUUAUUGCAAGUCCUAGAUGAAGGAAAACUGACUGACUCUCAAGGUCACCAAGUUGAUUUCCGUAACACUAUCAUUGUGAUGACUUCUAACAUUGGCCAGGACAUUCUUCUAUCUGACACAGAACUUGGAAAUGAUGGCAAGGUUAGCAAAGCUACCCAGGAAAGGGUCAUUGAGGCUAUGAAAAAGUCCUACCCCCCAGAAUUUAUAAACCGUAUCGAUGACGUUUUAGUGUUCAACCGGUUAUCUAAAGAUGUCUUGCGCUCCAUAGUGGACAUCCGGAUUGAGGAGAUACAAGAAAGGAUUGCCGACAAGAGAAUGAAACUCAAUAUUUCCGAUGCUGCCAAAGAAUGGCUCACGGAUAAUGGUUACGAUCAGCUAUAUGGUGCAAGACCUUUGAACAGAUUAAUCCACAAGAGGAUUUUGAACUCAAUGGCUAUGUAUCUGCUCAGGGGACAGAUUAGACCAGAAGAGACAGUAAACGUUGACGUCAAAGACGGCAAACUAGUUGUUGAGCCUAACCACGAAGAAGGCGAAGUAGUUCCUGCCAAAGACGAGGCUUAA